UUUCCGUGCGUGAUGAAAAAACCGAUUCCAACACAUGAAUUUUGUUGGUUAAGCUUCAACACUAGUUACGAUAUUUCAGUGUUUUAUCAAGUACAAAAAAGUGUUUAUAAAAUGGCAUUCAUGGUGAAAGAGUGAAAGUGCAUCCGGGACUGUGACAAAGCAACCAAAUAGACGCCGGCUCAUAUGAGUGGCAGUGCCAACUCGACAUCACUAUUUUGAAGGAAUCUGUGUGAAUAACACAAUGUCAGAAAUGGACGAAGAGCGAACCGAACGCCAACAGAGUAUUCACAAUAUGGCACAUUGUCUCAUGAAGCUAGAGGCGGCUGACCCGAUAUAUCUGCCCCCUGGAACUGUCCUUAAUAAAAUGGUGAGGGAAUUCCAGAAUCUUGCUAAAGAUGAAGCCAAGGAUCUUAUGGUCGAAGCAAACUACAUUGAAGCCUCGGAACAUUUAGGUUUCGCAAUUAACAUAAGAAGCUUGCUUCACCGUGGAGGGUACGAGUGCCACAACAGAAUUGAUAUGAAGUUGUUUUCGAUGUAUUCACACUGCACAAACAAACUGGGACUACCCGAAGAGGCGUUGCGUAUGGCUAUAGCUGCUUUGGACAUUGAUGCGAAUUAUCUGCCGGCAAAAGUCGAAGAAGUCAAAGCAAUGUACAUUCUUACCAUAGCAGACAGUGGGAUUCUUCCAUUUGAAUUUGCCGUUUAUGUACAGUCCGUCUCCGCCGAGGUGAAAGAGCAUCCAGAGAUUGCUGCAAUAAUACGUGAGAUCGAAGGACCAUCACGCCCAAAGCAUCCCCCUUCAGUUGCCAAAAUCAUUCCGCAUGAAACCAAACCCUCGCAACCCCAUGUGCGUCUGAAAAACGAGAGAACAAACGGUGUGCCCCAUCAGCCGAAGAAAAAGAAGCGAUUAGUCAAAGAAAUCUGCGAUGGCAAAGAGCCGGAAUUUCCCAUCGCACAACCAAAAGUUCCCAGCACCAGUCCGAAGGAAUCGUCACCAGCGGCUGCACCGAAGGCUACAAAAGGGUCCGCUCAAGCGAAAUCAGGGAAAAGCAAUGGCGAAGGAGCUGCACAGAAAGCUGUGGUUCCUCAGGCCAUACCGCAACCGGCCAUUAAUAGGUAA